GCAAGACCUGUUAGAGGAAAGUCAGUCUAAAGAUAAAGACUUAUCGAUUGAAGAUAGAACCGCACUCAGAAUCAUGGAGAAGUCUAUCACGUUAAAGGAUUGUCAUUAUUGUAUAUCACUCCCGUGGAAAGAUUCACAGUUAGAAUGGACGGAUAAUAAGUCGUAUUGUUUGCAUCGUCUGAACGCUUUACGCAAACGACUGUGUACCUCUAAAGAUUUAGCUAGACGCUAUGCGGAUGCAAUGAAAGAUUACCUUAUAAAGGGAUAUGCAGAAAUUGCGCCACCGUUAAAUGAUAACUCUAACGUAUGGUACUUACCGCAUCACCCUGUCGUCCAUCCAGCGAAACCAGAGAAAAUUAGAAUAGUAUUCGAUUGCGCUGCUAAACAUGAAGGACGAUCAUUAAACGACAGGUUACUCUCUGGUCCGGAUCUUACUAAUUCGUUAUUGGGUGUAAUUCUUAGGUUUAGACAAGAAAGGGUAGCAGUAAUGGCUGACAUCGAAGCAAUGUUCCACCAGGUUAAAGUACCCGAAUGCGAUAGAGACGCUCUGCGUUUUUUAUGGUGGACGAACGGAGAUUUUACUGACAGCCCUGAAGAACUUCGCAUGACAGUCCACCUAUUUGGAGCAACCUCUUCUCCUAGUUGCGCUACGUUUGCUCUUAAUCGUACCAUCAAAGAUAACAAGGAAAACUAUGACAAGGAAGUUUACGACAUGGCUACACGUAGUUUCUACGUAGACGAUUGUUUAAUUAGUACUCCCAAUACUGAAACAAGUUAUCGAGUAGCAACUCAGUUGAAAGAUAUGUUAUCAAAAGGUGGAUUCAACUUGACUAAGUGGAUUACUAAUGAUUCAACAUUAGCUCAACUGCUACCUGAGUUUAAUUGUAUCGGGCCAUGUGUACACAUCGGGCACGGCGAUCAUACCACUUGUCGAGCUUUGGGCAUAAGUUGGAAUAUAAGCGAUGAUACCUUUCGUUUUUAUGUCGGGAGGGUAAAUGAACCUGUUACACGUCGUAAUGUAUUGUCAUUUGUCGCCUCCAUAUUCGAUCCCAUGGGUUACCUAGCACCUGUUAUUCUCCCAGCGAAACUUAUCCUUCAGAAACUAUGCAAAAUGAAAUUUUCUUGGGAUGAUUUAAUAGUAGGAGAAGAACUAAAGGUUUGGAGAAAAUGGCAAGGAAGUCUUACUCAUAUAGAAAAGAUAGUUUUGCCUCGGUCAUUAAAUGCAGCCGAAUGUACUGGAAUCGAACUACAUAUGUUCAGUGAUGCCUCUAAUAAUGGAUACGGAGCAGCAGGGUAUUUGCUACUACUGAAACAGCAAAGUGUUAAAGAAUGUCGACUGAUAUUCGCUAAAGCUAAAGUAGCACCUAUUAGGGCUACGAGUAUACCACGUUUAGAAUUGGCGGCAGCAGUUUUGUCUGUGAAAAUCUCCAAGUUUAUCCGAACAGAGAUGACUGUUACCAUACUCAAAACAGUUUAUUGGACUGACUCUCUCGUCGUACUCCAUAGCAUAAACAAUGCUUCCAAGAGAUUCCCUACGUUUUUUGCUAACAGGUUGGUCUAUAUACAGGAACAGACGAGGCCAUCAGACUGGUGUUACGUUAGUUCUAAGCUCAACCCAGCGGAUCUGCUUUCCCGAGGGUUCAUGGUAAACCAAGAACGAAAAUUAAAACGAUGGCUUAGUGGUCCAACAUUUUUAUUGCAGGGAUAUGUUCAGCAGGAACCACACCAGAACACUAAUGCAUGCUCCUAUAUAAACUAUAUGUUGUCAAAUAAAGAUUUAUAUCCAAACGAGAAUCAACCUACGUUUCUGAGUCGAUUCGAAGCUGUGAAUUCAUGGAUGAAAUUACAACGAAUGAUAGCUUGGCUUCUACGUUAUAAACAUCUCUUGACGAACAAAUUAACUAACCAACAAAACCUCACAGUCGCAGAGUUAAGAGCGGCUGAGCUCAACAUUAUCCGAUUGGCGCAGAAGGAAUGUUUCAAUGAUGUAUUUAAGCUGUUGAAUCACGUCACGGUGGUGACGAGUGAGAAGGAGGUCGACCGAACAAUUAAAGUAGCAUUAUGCAAGUCUUCAAGCCCACUACGUCAUUUGAAACCAAUUACGGUUAAUGGAGUAAUAAGAGUUGGUGGGCGCUUACAACAAUCAGGUCUACCCUUUGAAGUAAGGCAUCCGAUUAUACUACCGCAUAAUCAUUUUAUUACCCGUUUAAUUAUUAGACAUUAUCAUGAAGCGAAUGGACAUAUGGGAGUAAACUUUCUGAUUUCAACAAUCCGUGAAAGAUAUUGGAUCAUUAAAGCAGUGAAAACCAUCAAGUCGGUUCUCAAUAAUUGCUAUAAGUGUCGUAAGUGGUUCUCUCAACCUUGCCAACAGGCUAUGGCACCCCUACCAGAAGAUCGUUUCAUGUACCACUGUAAUCCAUUUACUGUGACAGGUGUCGAUUAUUUUGGACCACUAUUUGUGAAACGUGGACGGACAGUGAGAAGAGAUGUACGGCAGUUAUGCAAGUUAGAAGGUGAAGUUGAAGAAUCACAGAACCCUGAACAAUUAGAAACAUCCCAGGAUUCUUCAACCUCAGGGGGCAGUGUUGGAUUUAGUUGUAAUGGUUGUACUACUCAUGAGUAGUUGAGUGUUUACUACAUAAUUUGUAACUUGCAUUUUAUUGGUUAGUAUGAUCGAACAAUCUAGAAGUUGUUUUCUAUUGGUCGAAAC